GUAAACAAAGGAUCCAUUAGCAAUGGCUCGUCUCAAUUGUUCACACACGGCCACAAAGGUGGCAACGCUCGGUUUGUUUGUCGCCUGCCUGCUGCACACAUCAAUGGCGCAAUUGUCCUUUCACACGGAUGCCAAUUCGAACUCGUUCACCCUGAAAACGCCAGCGCUGCAACAGAGCUUCUCUCGGGUAUUUGGUGGCGGUCAGCAACAACAGCAGCAGCAGCGUCUACAGGCGUCGCCUGUCGCACAACAGCUACAACAAUUUUCGCAACCACUUGGACAGCCGCAAUUGCAACAACAAUAUGCUCAGCCACAACAACAGCAAUAUGCUCAGCCACAACAACAACAAUAUGCUCAGCCACAGCAACAACCAUUUGCGCAAUCACAGCAAUAUCCAUCAUCGGUACAGUACUCCAAUGCCGCUGCUGGCACCCAGUCGCCCUACCAACAGGCGCUCCAAUAUCCACAGCAGUCGUACCCCUACACGCCGCAAUACUCAACGCAGUCAACGCCCACUUACACCGGUCAGCAGGUCGCUCAACAGCAUUACGCGCAAACGCUGCAACAAAUCCAACAACAGCAGCAAUUGCAAGAGCAAUUGGAGCAACAACAAUUGUUGCAGCAACAACAGCAGCCGCAGAGCUACGCGGCGCCGAAGGCCGCGCAGUCAAAUCAAGUGGACCAACUGCAAGCCGCUUACCUGGCGUACCAGCAACAGCAGCAACAACAACAACUGCAACAGCAGCAACAAUUGCAGCAACAACAGCAGCAGCAACAGCAACAAUAUGUGAGCCAACAGGAAUACCAACAACAACUGCUGCGCCAACUCUACAACCAAAAUCGUCCAACAGCGCCCGCAUUCCCUGCUAGCGCCAAUCAGCAGACCAGCCCCAUUUACACCACUGCCGACUAUGCCAACUACAUGCAGCGCCAACAACAACAGGCUGAGCGUCAAUUUGGCAAUGCGCCAACUGCUGCCACUCUCGCCGCCAACAACGGUCUGAGCACCACGCCCAUACCGUCCACCAUCGGCAGCAGUGGCACCACCACCACCGAGAAAUUGCUUGGCGUGCAAUAUUCGCCGUCGGACAAAGUGUCGCACGUCAAAUUCUCCAGCGGCAAUCUGCAGUAUAAUUUCUAAGGUCGCCGCGCCAGCGGCUGUGCUGCGCAGUGACGGACUGAUGACGAACGAGGGCAUGAAUUGCCUGCUCAGCUUUUUAGGUAAAUAUGUUCCUCGAAUUUUUGGCAAAAAAUUUAAUCUUCUUCAAGGGUGGCUGUCACGGCAAAUUGCUGCGAAGCUCUUCGAUGCUUUGAGACUUUGAGGGGCGCCAAAAAAAAUCGAUUACUUUUUCGAACCAAUUUUGUAUUUAUAGCAACAGUCAUCUAAAUUUAAGUUACCUUUUUUAAUUUAUAUUAUACGGCUAGUAAAAAAAAUUUAAAUGUGCGAUUGGAAAAUCUUUGACUGUUGAACAAAUUCCUCUAAUAAAGUAACAAAUGCAUAUGAAUUUAAAAACCUA